UGCAGAGACUCUCUCUGCUGUUCUGUGCUCUGCUCGUAUAAAGCCGCCAUUUCUGCAUUGGAAACGCGGCCUUUUUCGGUGGAGAGAGAUCGACGGAGAGAAGACGAACGAGGGUUGAGACAGAACAGAAGAAUGGGAGUCUUCACAUUCGUUUGCAGGAGCUCCGGCGACGAGUGGAGCGCCAAGCAGGUCAACGGCGACCUCGAGGCUUGCGCCGCCUCCACCUUCGAGCUCCAGAGGGAGCUCGUCCAGACUGCUCUCUCCGCUGACUCCUCCGGCGGCGUCCAGUCCUCCUUCUCCAUGGUCACUCCCUCCUCAGCUGUCUUCCAGGUGAUCAUUGGCGGCGGCGGUGGCGGCGGCUUCAUUGGAGGCGGUGCUGCUGCUGCAGCCUCAGGUGGCGGCGCCCCGGCGGCAGCCGAAGCUGCUCCUGCAGAGGAGAAGAAGGAAGAGAAGGAAGAGAGCGACGACGACAUGGGAUUCUCUCUUUUCGAUUAGAGCAGUUGGAUUCUCACUUUGUUCGCAAUGCAUUUGCAAGUUUUUUGGGUUAACUGGUACAGGAUCAUGUUGUAUUUGGGAUCUAUAUCUGUUUGUCGUGGAGAAUUAUGGGGAACUCGGUGUAAUAUCGAUGAUAAUUUUGUGCUUGAGUUGUACUCUUUUGUCGAACAAGUGCGAAAGGGAUAGCUGAUAUUGAGCCA